UACCGGAAGUAAAUGGUGUCUGUGCUAGUGUGCACUUGCUAAUACAUCCUGUCUGUUUCUAAGUUGUUUAAUAUUGCGAUUUACGUCGUAUAUCAAUAUGGGGCGUCUAUCGGGCUAUAAGGUGCAGAGGAACAGAAAGAAAUCCGUUGGGAACAACCCAAAACCUAUGCUUUGACCUGAAGUGAGAAGUGCAGUGUAUUCCACCAUGUUGGUGACAGCAUAUCUUGUCAUAAUUUUCCUGCUCGCCCUUUGUGUUGGCCUGGAGCUCACAGCACGCCGCCUCACACCACCUCAGCCCAAUCCUACCGCUGUGGCCAACCCAGCUUUCUGUCGCUUCCAAAGUAUAUUUCUUCGGGCAUACCUGUUAGCCUUGUGGGCAGACUGGCUCCAGGGUCCUUACCUCUACAAACUGUACCGGCACUACAGCUUCCUGGAAUCACAAAUAGCCAUUUUAUAUGUGUGUGGCCUGGCCUCAUGUGUUCUGUUUGCUCCCUUUUCGGGCUGGCUCCCUCAAGUCCUUGGCCGUAGACAGACAUGUCUUCUCUUCUGCAUAUCCUACUCUGCUUGCUGUCUCACAAAGCUUUCCAGAGACUACUUUGUUUUGAUUGUGGGCCGUAUUCUUGGGGGUCUUUCCACAUCCCUCCUUGCUACCACAUUUGAAGCCUGGUACGUGCACCGACAUGUAGACAUUUAUGAUUUUCCCAAGGAGUGGAUCCCCAGCACCUUUUCCAAAGCUGCUACCUGGAACCAUAGCCUGGCAGUGGGAGCAGGGCUGGUAGCUAAUUUGCUGGCUGAGUGGCUCCACCUUGGCCCUGUGGCUCCCUUUCUCUUAGCUGUCCCCUGCCUGGGCUGCUGUGGCUGGGUUGUGUUAACAGACUGGGGAAAAGAGGAAACGGAAGGAGGUCCUGAAGGAGACAAACAGACUCUGCUCCUUGGCACUCCAAAUGGAGGUGUAGCCCGUUUGUCUGCAAAAGGCCGGUUCUCACGCACUUGUCAUGAGGGACUACGCUGCCUGCUGUCAGACCGGAGAGUCCUGCUCUUGGGUGGAGUUCAGGCUCUGUUUGAAAGUGUCCUCUACAUUUUUGUUUUCCUGUGGACCCCGGUACUAGACCCUCAUGGCGCCCCUUUAGGAAUAGUGUUUUCCUGCCUCAUGGCUGCUAGUAUGGUUGGCUCCUUGCUGUACCGUCUAGCCACCUCCACUCGCUACCUUUUACAACCUGGCCAUGUGCUCUGCCUUGCUGUAUUGAUGGCCUUCUUCUCAUUUUUUAUGCUAACAUUUUCCACUGCACCAGGACAGCCUAGACCUCAUGAAUCCUUCCUGGCCUUCCUACUGCUGGAGCUGGCCUGUGGACUUUACUUCCCUGCAGUCAGUUUUCUGCAGAGCAGGGUGAUCCCAGAAGACAAACGAGCUGGUGUGCUGACCUGGUUCCGGUUGCCUCUGCACCUGCUGGCCUGCCUAGGACUGCUGGCGCUCCAUGGGGAGGUAUCUGGAACAGGUGGAGGGGAAGGUGGCAGCGGCACUAGACACAUGUUUGGAGGCUGUGCCGUCAUGAUGCUGGCAGCUCUCAUGGCUGUUGUUAGUCUCUUCACCCUGGGCAGAAAUGACACAGACCUGAGACUGGAGGGCAGCAGAGGGGAGGGAGAGAUGUAGUAAGGACUUGGGUUACACAUUCAUUUAUGAUAGUCUGGUUUAAAAUGUCAUCUUUGUCUGAUUAAGCGUGGGAGCCUUGUUUUUAACUAAACUGAAGUAUACAUUCUACCAAAAAAAGAAAGUCAUUAUCCACUGUUGAAGCUUGGAUUUUUUAAAAACAAUAUAUAUUUUUUUUGUUUGUUUUUUCUAGUUGCUUAGUUGUUUAUGUAGGGGGACUUAUCAGUCUUGUCUGUGUAAAGAUCAUUUGGGAACAUGACACCAUUAACCCUCAUUUGUUGAGCAAAUGGUUGCAAAUUUGGUCAGAUGUUGUACCAUUCCAUUAAUUAUUCUUGAUUAAAUGUUAUUGUAUCAAAAUAUCCACCUAUUUGAGUACUACACGAUGCAAUUUACAGUACAUAAUUAAAUUCAGAUACUUCAUAAGAAUCAGUUAUGCAAAUGUUUCAUCAAACCUAGAAGAAUGGACUUGAAAAGAUCUGACCUGACAAAGACUUGAAUGAAUAUCUAAACCAAUAUGGUUGUGGCUUGUAUGUAUAUUUUGCUAUUCAUAUCACACAGUACUUUUUCUUUGUUUUUAGGUUGUUGUUUUUCUUUUCCUUUGAAUUCUUUGUCAGGAUAUUUUGUCUUAACAUAUCUGUUCUUUAUACUUUAUUUUACAGAAAUUAAAGUGCACCUGUUGUC